UCAUUUCCACAAACUCCCUCCACUUCCAAGCUUUCAUCCCACAAAAGAAACCAGCAAAAGCUAGCAGAUAACCAUCAUCGUUUCCACCUUCAUAUUAAAAAAGAAAGGAAAUUAACAUGGCUAGGAAGCAAAAUGAUGCGGAAUCUUUGCAGUCCGCUGACGAGCUGAAACGCCAGAAGAGAAUCAAAUUAGGCAUGUACAUUGGUAUCUUCAUUAUGUUUCAGAUCAUGGUUAUAACGGUGAUGAGUCUUACUGUGAUGAAAGUUAAGACCCCCAAUGUCAGGCUAGGCAACAUUAACAUCCAAGAGGUCAACUCCAUCCUGGCAUCACCUUCAUUUGACAUUAAGUUCACAACCCAAAUCAGAGUCAAGAACACAAAUUUUGGUCCAUACAAGUAUGAUGCUGGCAUUGUCACGUUUUUGUACCAAGGUGCAACUGUCGGGCAAGUUUCUAUUCCAAAGAGCAAGGCUGGAAUGCUUUCCACCAAAAAAAUUGACGCCGAGGUGAGCUUGAGUUCAAGUGCAUUGAGCAGUUCCAAUCUUGGCAGUGAAUUGAGCAGCGGGGUCUUGACCCUCAACAGCGCGGCUAAGUUGACUGGAAAGGUUGAACUUAUGUUUAUAAUGAAGAAGAAGAAGUCUUCGACCAUGGACUGCACCAUUGCUUUUGAUUUGUCAUCAAAGAUGCUCAGAAGUUUGCAAUGCAAGUGAUUAGAAAAACUAAGUAGCUUGGUGCAGGAGGGUGGAGUUGAACUGCAUUAUUUCUGUAACAUCUUUAGGAUUCAAAUUGCGAGUGAACAAGUUGAUUUGUUAUUCUUUAUGCGACCCUUGAAUUUGUAUUUUAUACAAUAUUCUUUUAUUAAUUUUUUAAGCAUUUAUGUCA